AUGCGCUCCUCGCUGUUUGGAGCCGCCGCUGCGGCUGUCCUGUCGUUCGUGGGGCUGACUGCCGCCGCCGACGCCGAAGAAUGGAAGACACGCUCGGUCUACCAGGUCAUGAUUGACCGUUUUGCCCGUACUGACGGCAGUACGGACCAUGAGUGCGAGUACUUCCGAUUCUGCGGCGGCACUUGGCGCGGUCUAAUCAACAAGCUGGACUACAUCCAGGACAUGGGCUUCACGGCGAUCCAGAUCAGCCCUAUCGUCAAGAACAUCGACGAACACACUGCGGUUGGUGAUGCCUACCAUGGCUAUUGGUCUCUCGACAACUAUGCGCUCAACCCCAAGUUCGGCACAGAGAAGGACUUCCGCGACCUGGUCGACGAAGUCCACAAGCGCGGCAUGUUACUGAUGGUCGACGUUGUCGUCAACAACAUGGCUCAAGCCUUCGACAACAAGGUCCCCCCCAAGAUUGACUACUCGAAGUUUAACCCGUUCAACGACCAGAAGUACUUCCACGACUACUGCAACGUCACCAGGUGGGAGGAUCCCGAGAACUACCAGAACUGCUGGCUCUAUCCCUAUGGUGUCGCCCUGGCCGACCUCAAGACCGAGUCGGAUGAGGUCGUCAAGGAGUUCCAGAACUGGAUCAAGCAGCUGGUCGCCAACUACUCCAUCGACGGUCUGCGCAUCGAUGCCGCCAAGCACGUUAACGACGAGUUCCUGCCCCAGUUCGUCGAGGCUUCGGGUGUCUUUGCCUGGGGCGAGGUCCUGACUGGUGUGACGAACGAUCUCUGCCGCUACCAGACCAAGGGUCUCCUGCCUGGCAUGCCCAACUACCUCGAGUACUACCCUCUGCUGCAGGCUUUCAACGGCGGUUCUAUGGAAGAGGUUGCCAAGUAUCGCAACGAGGCCGCCUCUGGCUGCAACGACACCUCUGUUCUCGGCAGCUUCAUCGAGAACCACGAUAUGCCUCGCUUCGCCAUGUACAAUGAGGACAUGGCCAUUGCUAAGAACGCAAUGACCUACACCUUCUUGAACGACGGCAUCCCGACUGUUUAUCAAGGUCAAGAGCAACACUUUAAGGGCAACGGCACGCCCUACAACCGCGAGCCUCUCUGGAUCUCGAAAUACGACAAGUCUGCGCCGCUCUACCAGCUUACCUCGACCCUCAACAAGGUCCGUAACAACGCCAUCAAGCUUUCCAAGGACUAUGUCAACACCCCAGCCGAGACCCUCUUCAACGACGUCAACCACCUCUGCCUGCGCAAGGGCCCCUAUGGCAGCCAGGUCGUCUUCUGCAUCAACAACCAGAGCUCCAAGGGCCCCAAGUACGAGCUCAACAUCAGCGGUGGUUUUCACCCCGGCGAUAAGGUCGUCGAGGUCACCCGCUGCAGGCACACCACUGCUGACGCAACCGGCACCAUUACCAUGUACAUGGGCAAUGGUGAGCCCCGUGUGUAUGUACAUGCUGAUGCGAUUAAGGGUACCGGCAUUUGCUCGGACACCAAGGAAGAUGGCCCGGUCGGCAAUGCCGCAUCCGGUGUAGGCUCUACGGCUGGCAUCAUGAUUGCUGCUCUGGCUAGUUGGGCUGUGUUCUUCUUCGCCUGA